AUGAAAGUGCCACGCGCCCUCAGUCUGCGUGUUCUGGGGCCUCUGGCCACUCUCGCCGGCAUACUCGGCAAUGCUCAGGCGCGGAGGUGCUCGGCGUCUAACCCUUGCGAGCAGGGUUGUUGUGGCCAGUUUGGCUGGUGCGGUUUCGGCCCUGACUUUUGCGGAGAUGGCUGCCAGGGCACAUGCGAUGCCGUGGCGGAAUGUGGACAAUAUGCGCUUCCCGAAAACGAGUUUUGUCCGCUGAACAUUUGCUGCAGCGGCGACGGAUUCUGCGGAACUACGACUCUAUUCUGUGACGAUGGGUGCCAGAACAACUGCGGCAGGCCGAGUCGACCAUCCUGCGGCGCGAGCUCGGGAACGAGCAACAUAAGGACCAUCGGCUAUUACGAGAGCUGGGCUCUGAACAGGCCAGGCUGCGAAUGGCAACCCGAAGACAUCGACGUGCAGCUGCUAACGCACGUCUACUACGCCUUUGCCCUAGUAGGAGACGACUAUCGGGUUGCGGCCAUGAACCCAUUCGACCAGGGCUUAUACACCAGAACUAUCAACCUCAAGUCACAGAACCCAAGUCUUAAGGUCUCUAUUGCCGUAGGCGGCUGGGCUGCUAGCGGCCCGCCCUUUUCUAACAUGGCCCGGACCCAAGAGAGACGCGCCGUAUUCAUCCAGUCCGUGAUUGAUCUGCUGGAUACUUACGGGUUCGAUGGAAUCGAUCUCGACUGGGAGUACCCCGUAUCCGAGGAUCGUGAUGGGGCGCCCGAGGACCGGGAAAACUACGUGCAUCUUGUCCGGGAACUCCGAACGGCUCUGCCUGCGCAUAAAGAGAUUACUGUGGCCAUUCCCGCCUCCAACUGGUAUCUUAGGCAUUUUGACGUGGAGGCCAUGGCGCCUCAUAUCGACUGGUUCAACAUCAUGAGCUAUGAUAUCCACGGCACGUGGGACGGCAACAGCCAGUGGUCGGAACCCGUUGUCCAGCCACACACGAACCUCAGUGAAAUUGACGAUGGUCUGGAUCUUCUAUGGAGAAACAACAUCAAGCCGAGUCAGGUUGUGCUUGGCUUGGGAUUCUACGGGAGGUCCUUCACACUCAAGGACCCCAGCUGCACGGAGCCCAUGUGCCCCUUUUCAGGCGGAGCUGAGGCCGGCUACUGCAUGGACACGGCAGGUGUCCUCUCCAAUGCCGAGAUUCGUCGUGUCCUCGACCGGACUGGCGUCACGCCGAUCCUCGACCGAGAGGCUGGCAUCAAAUACAUUAGUUGGGAGGGCCAAUGGUGA